AUGGGGUGCAAUAGUUCCGCGAGUGACUGUCCCGCCGCGCGGGCGGCAGCGUGCAAGGCGUCCUGGAGCUUGGCGCCGCACUCGAGGGGCAGUCCACCGGCGAUACGGCCAAGAGUCCAGCAGAUCGCAGGCGAGAGCCAGUGGUCGGACCACGGCGGCAGACUGCUGCGUCCAUCCGCGGGCGAUGUGCGCAUGGCGGAGUGGAUGAUGAAGCCCAGGGGCGUGCUCCAGUCGUGCGUGGCGACAGCAGAUCGCACGAGCGCGGCGAAGCACGAAAUCGUCGCUGACGUGACCUCCAGCACGCCGAUGGUGCUGGCCGACGCCGCGGCCUUCGCCGUAAUGGGAUUCGGAGGAAGAUGCCACAUCCUGUUAGCCAGCGCGGUCUCAUGGCCCAGCAUGCGGGCGGGCGGGGUGCAGAACUGCGCGACGUAG